AAAUCAUCAGACAACCGCACCAACACACGACAGGGAAAUCUGAAGAGAAAGGGAAAGAUUUUUGUAAAAAGGAAAAAAAAUAUUUAGAGAAAAAAAAAACAAAAGAAAAGAAGAGAGAUGAAGAACCAGGAUUAAGGAUUAUUCCCUUGAAGGAGGUGGUGAUGGUGGCUGGUGAGAUUGUUCAUAUCUUCAAAACCUUAACCUUAUUUGUUCUCUCUCUCACCAACCAUCUCCAAUCGAACCUUCUUCUUCUUCUUCAUCUUCAUCAUCUUCGUCCCCCAUGCGACGAUCUAGAGCCGCAGAUCCAACAACAGCCACAAUCAGCAAACAGAUCGGUCUAGAAUUGAAGAACCCAGUGAAGGAAAUCAGAUUCAGAGGCGUGAGGAAGCGGCCAUGGGGUCGAUUCGCCGCGGAGAUCAGAGAUCCAUGGAAGAAAGCGCGUGUCUGGCUCGGCACCUUCGACUCCGCCGAGGAUGCUGCGCGUGCGUACGACGCGGCGGCUCUGUCGUUUCGCGGACCAAAGGCCAAGACCAAUUUCCCUUUGACGAACCCUGAAUCGGGCUUGUCUCAGAUUCCUUUUUAUAAUCAGAGAGAUUUCGAAGACCAUCAUCGUAAUCUCUCGAAGUUCGAUCCUUCCGUUCAGGUGAAUCGGCCGACGACGAGCAGUAUGAGCAGCACCGUCGAGUCUUUCAGUGGUCCGAGGUUGUCCAAUCCGGUGCUGUCGGUCCCGAGGGUUCAGCGAAGGCCUGUGAACCCUGUUCCACCAGAUGAUUGCCAUAGUGAUUGUGAUUCUUCGUCUUCGGUAAUUGAGGAUGAGGAUUGUGUCCUCACUUCUUCGUUCUGCAAAAUCCUCCCGUUCGAUCUGAACCACCCGCCGCAGAUGGACGACGACAACGGCCUCUCUGCCGAUGACCUCCAAGCCACCGUCUUACGUCUCUGAUGCCCCCGAUGAUGACGAUGAAAAUUUUGCUGUUUUGGGACAAAGGUUCCAUGGAAUGGAAUGGAAUGCUUACGGAUUGCCAAUAGUGGGAAAGUAAAGUAAAAGUGAAAUUUUUGGUUUCCAUUUUUUAUUUGGAUUUAAAUAAAAAUAAUCUAGGCGGCUUAUGGAUAGAUAAAUUUAAAUUUAGAUUUUAAAUUUAAAAUCUACAUUUAAAAAUCAUGUUUAAAAAAAAAAUUUGCUUGGCUAGUGUGAAAAUUUAAGAGUGACAAGUUUAUUUCUACGAAAAGGGCUGAGUAAUAGAGGUGCUAAUAAUAAAAACACAAAUUGAAUGAGGGGGAUGAAAUGGUCAAAAUUUGUAAAAACAUUUUAAAAUUAUAAAAGAGUUAUAAUAAAAAUUAAAUUUGAAAUUAAAUUAAAAUGAUUAAAGUGUCAAAAUAUUCUGAAAUUUUGUUGUAAGGAGUAUUAGGUAUUUUAAAUUUUUUGUUUGAAGUAAUAUUGCUUUAAAAUUAAAAAAAAAUA